GGGGAGAAGGAUAAAAGACGUUUAAAGCAGUUAUCUCCUUCCAUUCUGUAAGCGAAAUCUCCCAUGCAAUAGGAGUCUGUAUUACCAAUAGUUAGGUAGGAAUCAGCACCUUGCUCUUGGGAAAAAUGGAGAACUGGACUAUGGAUCAAGUUAAGUUCUCCCUCACACACAACUUUUUUCCAGAAGUAUGGAACAGCAGACUAUGGAAAAGCUAGAUCUGUUGAUGGAGGCCUUCAGUUUCUAGCAUAGCCAACCCCUUUGAAAAUGACACCAAAUAAAAACAGCUUCCUAGGAUUAAAUUCAAGAAACCUGCCCUUUCAAAAUCCAUGCUAAUAAGCUACAGUGCAGUGUUAUUAGGCUACUGUGCAGUUACCAUCACGAAAAAGCCGUGCACAUUUAGUUAGUACUUCAUUAAGCAAGUACUAAACUAAAUGCGGAGUAACUACUGCACAUUAAUGAAUGUGUAGACAUGCCCACAGCAAAUAGCUUUCAUGUUUACAGAUGCCUAAGGAUUUUGCUAUAAGCCUUCCAUAAAAAUACUGUAUUGAUGGGGUAUUGUUUUGAACCAUCCUCAUUGUUAAAGAUAAAUACAGUGGAGCAGCUGGGUGCUCAUCUUGCCUAACUGGCUCUUGAGGCUGUACUUUUGUCUCCAUUCCUUUCACAACAUGCCAGCUGCUCUCAACAUUUUGCAUGCUGUUAAAAUGAGCUUUUUAUGUUGAUGAAAAAUAUUGCACAAAAUAGAAGGACUCAUCGUCUUUUUCUGUGCCAAUUAUCCUACCCCUUGUGAUAAAACCUUACUUUCCAAAUCCAUUGUGUGUUUCAACAAACGUUUCUCGGACAUGACAUUUUGACACUCUCACCUUUUCUACUAUUAAUACCCCUUCAUUUUUCAACAAUCAGUAUAACCAUAUGAAAUCUCCUGAAACAGGCACAAUAACCGAUUAUAUUGUUCUGGUAUCGGUACCUAGUUAGCUUCCCCAACAUAAGCCAAAACCAUAAUUUGUAAGCCAUCUUAAAAUAAUUUGAUUUUCCUGUGAAUUCUGGGAGAGAGAAUGCUACGGAGUUGUCUUAACUCUUGCAUUUCAGGCUAAAAGAGCAUCUUAAAACCCAAACAGGUCUUUUACAUGAAUAUUUUAUGAUAGAAUGCUAGUCUGAAUGUAUACCCAAAUGCACAUUUUGGGAGGGAUGUUUCAAAUUUCCUUCCCAUUCUAUAACUACCUGCUAACAGUGUCACUGUAGGGGAUCCAGUCACCUUUAACACAAAAGCAUGCAAGCAAAGCUGUUUCAGAGAAAUGUUCCUUUCAGAUCAAGACUUGUGUUUUUUCUGGUAGUGCGAUGGGUGUGAAUUACUAAAAAUUAUACUAUUUAUAAAGCUAUUACUUUACAGAAAAAAACAUUAAGGUGCUGUAAUAAGUGGGCCAUCUCAGGGCUGGUCUAGACAUUGGCUCAGCCACUUGUCUAGGGCAGUCUGCCCACCUGCCUUUCCUGCCAUACCUUUGAUGUAGCUGAAGAUAUUCCUAGGCAGGAGGCUGCCCAUUUAAUUGCCUUGAUGCCAAGGGCAAAUACAUGGCUCCAAACCUCCCCUAAUACCAUCUCCCAUGCCUUGCAGAUGGCAUCCAUAUCCAUCAUUACUCUCCGGCCCCUUAGCUGGGCCAUCACACUCCUUCCCCGCACUGAGGCUCCUAUCUUCCCAUGCCCCCACAUUGGGGCUUCUGGGUCUAAUGCUACUUGGGCCUCAUGCCUCACUUAGUGGGCCUGGGCCCAGUCUCAGGCCCCCUUCAAAUCAGCCUGGACCCUGCCUCAGGCCCCUUUCAGCAGGCCUUGGCCCUGUGUUUUUCUUUCAGUGUGUGCCCCCCUAGCCUUUCCCCUCCACUGAGUUAUCUGCAAGGCAGUAGGGGUGAGGCUUUCUGGUGCCCCAUACUUGCCCAUCACUGAGGAGGCACAGGUGUGGCAUUUUCCAGAGAAUGCCCUGCCACAGGCAGCCCCACCACCCCAUCCUCCCCAGCAGGUGUAGUUUUAGGUCAUGCCCCAGGACCAUGAACCUCCUCCAUCUCCAUAGUUCCUACCCUGAAGCUCCAAGCUGUUCUGCCAGCAGCAGCUCCAGCCAGGCAACAUUCUCCCUCUGGCUCCUUGAAGCAACUACCUGCUCUAGUGCUCAGGGCCUGCUUUUAUUCUCCAGUAGCUAGGCCUUCCUUCCAAUCAGGCAGCCUCCUGCUGGCCAUGUGACUCCUGAUUGACAGUGCAGUCACCUGUAAGCUGCUCAGGCUCCUUAAAGUAGCAGGCACAACCUAUGCUCUGCCACAGAUGCCUGUUCCAGAACAUCUAAGGAAUUAGGCAUCCUCCAUCCCCUAUCAAUAUGUCUUUUGGCAGUAGGGAGCAUAGUCAUUCUCCAGUUUAACUGUAAAUGACUUGUGGUUUCCAUUGGAAAACUAUUCCAUAUGGUUUAAGAGCUCACUGUCAAGAUAUUUUUUCUGAUGAAUUAGAUUUCCUCCAUUUUAUUUUAAUUGCCUUUGUGCCUCAGGUCCUUCCUUGUUGACAUUUAUACUACUCAAAGGCUUCAUCUACAUGAGACACUGACUAUGUGGUCAUUUAGCACUAGUAUAAACAAGUACUAAAUGACUGCAUAGUAACUUGAGUUACUGUGCAGUAGUGCCAACAAACAGCUUUUUUGUGAUGCUGACUGCAGCAGCCCAAGACUGCUGUGCACUAGCAUUGUAUCAUGCUUUCUGCCACAAUGAUCUCGGGUUACUGUGCAGCCAGCAUCUCAUGUAAACAAGGCCAAAGAGUAGUAGAUCUUCUUUGAAGAGGAGUAGAAUGGUCCUUUAAAUCAUUCCUUAAAUCAAUCCGUCCAGCUCUUGAGCCCUUUCCUUUUUGGUUUGACAACCAUUUGAUGACCCUUCUCUCCAGAGUCUGAAUUCCUUUCUGUAGUUCCAUCCCUUUGCUAGGGAUCCCUCUGUAAUGAGCUCCAGGGAUAGUUGCAGACAGGACCAAUGGAGUCAUACUGUCCAGACUCAAGAUACACUGGGACCUUAGUGUGACAUGGGGCUCAUCCAAGGGGUAGCUCGGACUUUUGGUUUGUAUGUUUAUAAUUGCAAUUGGGCAGUUCUUCCAAACAGUUCAGGAGAAAAUCUACAAGGAGAUUCUCAGGGAGUUUUCCUUUAUCCCCUGCUUGCAAAUGAAAAGGUGAUAAGGCCAUAAGUGUUUGUACAGGCCCAGAAUGGAGGGACUGUAAUCCUUGUUUGAGAUCUCUUAAUACUGUUUAGCCUUCUGGCCCCAUGAGCCAGGUGCAGGGCUGGUCUGUGGACCAGAUCCUGUACACAGGAUGUGUCAGUAUGGGGCACUGGCCCCACCAUACGCUGGCCUGAUCUAGUGCUCAGGGUCACGUCAUCCAACUUGCAGGGCUCCCUACAGGUCCAGAAAUUUGGCUGUUGAGGAACAAUGAUUAAUGCUACCACUGCUACCCCACCACCAAAUUUCCAGACCUGUGGGGAGAUCCACUGGGCCAGAGGAUGAGUACCACUGUCUUAGCCCUACUCUAAAAUGAAUGUGCCCUUUGUAUUACGUCUCUUUCAUCACAGGUCUUUGCAUCGCAUGUCAAUUCAGUGUUUUUGUGUAUAACGCAAUAUUGACUCUCUUUUAAAUGAUUAAUAAAGCUGAACUUGCCACAAAUCACUCAUGCUCCCAAUGGUACAUGUACCACUGGCUAAAGAACUCCUUUACUCAAAUGUAGGAUAUCUUUUUUCUUGUUUUUUAGGGUAGAUUGACCCACCGCGCACCCCUGGACAAAUUCUCUUUCAAGUGCCGGAUCUGUUUGACAUCCAGUAUAUGUGACUAAAGUUCCAGGAAGCUCUGCAAAAUCACAACGUUUGCACUAAAAGUGACCGUUGAAGCUAAAUUGAGGAAAUGGAAAACUGUUAGCUUCUAAAGCAGUGGCUCCCAGCCCCAGGUCACGACCCAAACGAGGGUUGCAGGGGCAAUGCCGGGGGUGCUGAACACAAAAGAUGACCUGCCUCUGCCCCAGAGCUGCCGCCGCCGCCACCCCACUCUGCUCCCAGCAGCGGGUGGUGGAAAAACAAGGAACCAUUACAGUGAGGAUGAAGACUAAGCCUGUGAUUGCAUCACUGAAUGACAAUACCUCAAUAGCAUGCCAAAUCCAUGGAUAUGAUAUACCACUGGAUAGCUCCAAAAUGGGAGUCACUUGGUCUCGGAAGACUUCUAACACAGACAAAGAAGAGACACUGUUCCAGUUUCUUGCUGGAAAUUCUACUUCUUAUAGAUUAGGAACCAGUAUAUCUAAGGAUGAGCUUAUAAGGGGAAAUGCUUCACUUUUUCUACCAAAAGUACAAUUUAAGGAAGCAGGAACAUACAGAUGCAAAGUAACUGUUACACCUUCUGCAGCUGAAGACACAGGUGUUUUGGAGGUAGUUGCUCAGCCAGUUGUCAACUUGUUCCCAGAGGAAGUCACAAUUGAAAGUGACAAAGAGAAGACCCUGUCAUGUGAAGUAAAAAAUUUCUAUCCAAAUUCACUUAACAUUAGGUGGGUUAAGGUUUCAAAGAAGCAUCAGGACAGUGGUGUAGCAGGAGAAGACAUCUGCACAGGAACUUCUGUGGAAAAUGAAGAUGGCACGUUUAAUGUCAUCAGCAAAUUAAGGCUGCAGCCAUCUUUGCAAGAUAGUGGAAAUGUCUAUAGGUGUAUAGUGAGUCACAAAUCAUUGCAAGACAAUUUACUUGUCACUGCCACCUUGACUGUGACAGCCCCCAAGUCAGAUGUGGGCACUUUAGCUGGCAUCUGUGUUGGAACCAUACUACUUUGCAUCUUCACGACUGCAGUGGUAGCUUUCAUAUACAAAAAGUAUUUAAAAAGAAUUCCACCAAACAUAAUAGCAUUCACAGGGAAUGUGGAAAUGAAACAUUUGGAGGAUUCUGUUUUGUACUGCCAGAUUUCUGGCUUUCGUCCAAAAUGUAUAAUGGUAGAUUUUUUUCUUAAAAAACAUCAGCAAGAAAAAGAAAAAAUUUACUCCUGGAAAAGCAUACAACAGGACACUAAACAAAGCAGUGAAGGAACUGCUCUCUUGGAGAAGUUCAGAGAUUUUCAGUUUCAGUUAAAUUUGCAGUCACGUGAUAAUGGCACUUUUGAAGUUUCAUGCACCAUUCAUGUACGUCCAAAUGUUCAUGAGCAUGACAAUGCGGAGCUUUCACUAGAAAUUAGUCACGAGGCCCUUCAGAGGGGGCCCACUAUAAGAACGACAUUACUGAAGGUCAGAGCUGAGCCAGAUUUGGAUCCAGUGCUGUGUUCUACUGAUGAGCUAAAACUUGAUGAGCCUCUGACUCUGACCUGCAGAAUUCAUUCUUUUUUUCCUAAAACAAUUGAAUUACAGUGGUGUAAAGAUGAACAAGCAUUGGAAGAAUCCAUCACUAGUGAAGAGACUAAGAGAUCAGAUGGACUUUUUUUCUAUACCACUAAUUUAACAUUUGUUCCUAAAGCUGAGGAUGUUGGAAAGAGAUUCACAUGCAGAGCAAAACAUAGGCACUCACACCUGUAUAAAGAAUCUUCCUGGCAGCUGGAAAAUCUGGUACUUAAUCCACAAGUUUCAGAAAUUGUAUGUGAUCCCAGUAUUCCUGAAGUUGGGAAGUCUGUCACGCUAUCCUGUACAAUGACUAAUUACUACCCAGCAGAGUGUCAGGUGCGCUGGAUAAGAGACUUUGAAGAACUUGGCAAUGCUGCAGUUAGAAUGCAGGACAUCCAGCCGAAUACAGCAACAAACCUGCAUCAUAAAGCAAGUUAUAUCACAAUUAUGCCUCAGCCAGAGGACCAUGCAGUCACAUACUUUAUGGAAGUUACCCAUUGCAGCAGAACUAUAAGAAAAGCUUAUCCUCUCAUGUUAAAAGGUUUUCCAAAGGUUACAGGUCCUGUUUUUCAUCCAAAUGAUAUGAAAUAUGGAGACCCAUUCUCUGUAACCUAUGAAGUGAUGGAUUUCUAUCCCAAGGAUUUUCAAGUCCAGUGGUUAAAGGAAGAGGAUGAAAUCAGGAGUGGUUCAAUCAUGGAGGACCUAAAACAGGACUCAAAAGGUUGUUUCCACACAUCUUGUAAAUUUGACCUAACUCCCACUGCUUUGGAUUAUGGCAAAAAGAUUGUCUUCAGAGUGAAGCAUGAGACUCUGACACAGCCCAUUACAAAAUACAUGUUCCUAAAACUCCCAGCAAAGUCUCCUACCGUUUCUGAAAUAAGAGCAACUCCUGCCCGACCAAACGUUGAUGAGACCAUCUGUCUUGAAGCUUCUAUAUCUGAUUUUGCACCCAAGGAUAUAAAAGUUGCAUGGUAUAAAGACUGGAUGAAGUUACAGGAAGACAAUACCCUAAAUCCUCAAAUUGCAAGAAAUGGUUUAUGUUUCUAUGUGAGCAAGUUACAAUUUUCUCCAAAAGCAUCUGAUAAUAAAACUUCUCUCAGAUGUGAGGUUAUUCAUCUAGCAACUCAUUGCUUUAUAGAGAAAUUCUUUGAAUUGAAACUCAGAGAUUUUUCAACCAGUACUGGAGAUCUGUCCACUCUGACUACAAAUCAAAAUCACGAAGGAUCAUUAACAAACCCAAGAUCCUCUAUUCUUGAAAGAGCUCCUACCCUGACAAUACAGUGCCUUACCAACAACCCAAAGGCUGGUGAGAAUGUAACACUUCAAUGUUUUAUAUAUGGAAUAAGUACAGACAACACUUAUGUUUCAUGGUAUAAGGGAAGAUAUCCUAUUGAAGAAGGAAUAGAGAACACAGACUGUGAGGAUAAGCCUGGUUUUACUACAUCUGUAAAUUUUAAAACCAAAGGAGAUGAGAAAGAAUGUAAGAUUAGGUGUGAAGUUGUUACUGAAGAUGAAACUUUUGAAGAAACCUACACCUUAAAACUUGGAUGACCUCCAUUGAGUGAAGAUCGUAAACAUCACCACAAUUAUCACCAUCUGUAGACUACUCCUGUUAUCAAAAGACAGGAAUACCCAGUUACCCGUGAGGGCACACUUCUCACAGGAGGGCCACUCUCUCUCUCUCUCUCUCCAGUCUCUCAGUCCUGAUCCUCAAGGGAAACUUACACAACACUUCCCAGAGACAAGCCUAUGAACUCCCUUUCAUCAACCUCCUGGAUACUAGAGAUCAUGGACUAAACAUAGACAUUGGAUUUUUGACACAUUAUAAUCUGCCUGGCAACUGACUCCCCAGCCCAGCCCCUGGCUUCUUUACUUUUCACUCCAUCCACGAAGAGCACACACCAGCUGCUGAAACCUCCUUAGCCUGAUGAAGGGUUUUUGAACCCAAAAGCUUGCUUAAUAACUAUUCGGGUUGGUCUAAUAAAAGAUAUCAAGUUCA